AUUGGUUGAAGUGCAGCCAAUGAGAGGGCCUGUUACUACUCUGCGCCGUGCUUUGCUGUAGGGUAGGGGAAGUGUCUUAGGCCUGGAAGCCUUGCGCGUUCCGUUGGUUUUAGCACGAUGAGCUCAAUCGGCACCGGGUAUGACUUGUCAGCCUCUACAUUCUCUCCUGAUGGAAGAGUUUUUCAAGUUGAAUAUGCUAUGAAAGCUGUGGAAAAUAGUAGUACAGCUAUUGGAAUCAGAUGUAAAGAUGGUGUUGUCUUUGGGGUAGAAAAAUUAGUCCUUUCUAAGCUUUAUGAAGAAGGUUCCAACAAACGUCUUUUUAAUGUUGAUCGGCAUGUUGGAAUGGCAGUAGCAGGUUUGCUGGCAGAUGCUCGUUCUUUAGCAGACAUAGCAAGAGAAGAAGCUUCCAACUUUAGAUCUAACUUUGGCUAUAACAUUCCACUAAAACAUCUUGCAGACAGAGUGGCCAUGUAUGUACAUGCAUAUACACUCUACAGUGCUGUGAGACCUUUUGGCUGCAGUUUCAUGUUAGGGUCUUACAGUAUGAAUGACGGUGCACAGCUCUACAUGAUUGACCCAUCAGGUGUUUCAUAUGGUUAUUGGGGCUGUGCUAUUGGCAAAGCCAGGCAAGCUGCAAAGACAGAAAUAGAAAAGCUUCAGAUGAAAGAAAUGACCUGCCGCGAUAUUGUUAAAGAAGUUGCAAAAAUAAUUUACAUAGUACAUGAUGAAGUUAAGGAUAAAGCUUUUGAACUAGAACUCAGCUGGGUUGGUGAAUUAACUAAAGGAAGACAUGAAAUUGUUCCAAAAGAUGUAAGGGAAGAAGCAGAGAAGUACGCUAAGGAAUCUUUGAAGGAAGAAGAUGAAUCAGAUGAUGAUAAUAUGUGACCUUUCUUCCAGUAUCUGUUCUAUUUUAAAUUUCUACUACAGUCCCAUGUAACUAUUUAGCCCUGUGGAUUAAACAUAGUUAACUGACCAAUUUUCAUUAAAUUUUUGUCUUGUAACUAUU